AUGGAGAAAAGGGCCAACGACCACGAAUCGACUUACAUCGAUUUUCUUGAUUCAGAGCUUGUUUCUCUCCAAGCUGGUCGGAUGGGACGGUUAUUUAAAAUCCAUCGAAAGCUGCUUGGCUUAAAAUCUAAACCAGUGAUUGCUGCUUUGGAUCGGGGUUUCGAUGAGGGCCAACGAGGAAUAUACAAAUUCGAAGAAACGACAGAAGGAACGCUUGCACGCUUCAUUGAAUGGGCAUACAGGGGCGAUUAUCCUACUGUGAUCAGCGAAAUCGGAACCGUCCAAAAGUCCCUUCCACACGGUAUUGAAGCAGAUGUCAAAGAUCCGCCUACUGUCACAACGUCAGCGACAGAUAUUACUUCUGAGAACCAUCCAUUAUUGGUCCACGUGCGUCUGUAUAUCUUCUCAGGGACAUAUCUCAUCCCUGAGCUACAGGAUCUGGCUUUCAACAAAGUGACUGCCUGUUUCAAAGACCUUAAAAAACCAGAGAGUCUUGAUACACAACUUGCAGUCAUCGAUGCUUUACAGCUGUCAUUCCUUAGGCUCCAUGAGCCUGAUGCUCUAUUGGGCUGGUUGAGCCAAUACUCUGCAUAUUGCAUUGAUAAGCUCCGGCUACAGAGUUCUUUUCAUGAUCUUCUCGGAGACUUUCCAAUUUUGAGCUCAAGAAUGAUGCUGUCAUUGAACCCGGCACCGCACCCACCUUGGGAAUAUCCGCCGCCAAAAUACCCAUUUCCCCUCUACUCGCCCAGUCGAUCGGCUGAAAUCAAGUACGAGUACUGA